AACACUGCUCACAUACAAGCCCCUGCCCCUGCAGCUGCCGGCCCUCCCAGGCGAGGAGGAGGCGGGGCCCUGGAGGCCUGGCCGCAGGUUGCCCUGGAAGGGGUGUGACGAGCCCACUGAGUCAUGCUCUGUUGUUGUUGCUGUCCCUGCCGGCGUCCUGCUCGGCAACCCGGGACGCCUCGGAGGUGGCAGCAGCUCCCGUCUUCCAAGAUCUCGGGAGAGGCCGAUGGUGAGGCGAAUAGGCUGGGGGGGGAGCCGGGGGGGACGGCUGGGGCGGUGGGGAGACCCGGGGCCUGGAUCAGUGCCCCUCCUCCCCAUGCCCCUGCCUCCUCUUCCUCCCCCUCCCUGCCGGGGGCCUGGGGGCGGGAGGGUCUCGGUCUUCUCUCUGUCUCCGGCCCCUCACCUGAGGAGCGGCCUGUCCUCCGCUCCUGCUGCAGCCCCGGGGCCUUCCUGCUCAGCGAUGCAGGGGCCUGGGGCUUCUCAGCCUCGUCACUGUGCCCUCCCCACCCCAGCAACCCCCCCCAAGCAGGCGAGGUCUACCACGACGCCCAUCUCUGCUCCCCGCUGCUGGGGUUCCCACUCCACCCCAGCCCUGGCCUCGGUGACUCCCCUUCCCUCACGCCGAUGCCCCCAGGACCCUCCUGGGCUGCGGAUAGGCCCCCUGAUCCCUGAGCAGGAUUAUGAGCGGCUGGAGGACUGUGACCCUGAGGGGUCCCAAGACUCCCCCCUGCACGGGGAGGACCAGCAGCCCCUGCUGCAUGUGCCCGAAGGGCUCCGAGGCUCCUGGCACCACAUCCAGAACCUGGACAGCUUCUUCACCAAGGUCUACAGCUACCACCAGAGGAACGGCUUCACCUGCAUCCUCCUGGAGGACUUCUUCCAGCUGGGACAAUUCGUUUUCAUCGUUGCCUUCACGACCUUCCUCCUGCGCUGCGUGGAUUACAACGUUCUCUUUGCCAACCAACUGAAUAACCGCACGAGUGCCGGGCCGCUCCACAAGGUGACCUUGUCGGAUGCCAUCCUGCCCUCGGGCCAGUGUGCCCAGCGGAUCCGUGCCAGCCCCCUGCUGGUCUUUCUUCUCAUCCUGGCUGCUGCCUUCUGGCUGUUCCAGCUGCUUCGCUCGGUCUGCAACCUCUUCAGCUUCUGGGACAUCCAGGUGUUUUACAAGGAGGCCCUGCACAUCCCCCCGGAGGAGCUCAGCGCGGCGCCCUGGGCGGAGGUGCAGUCGCGCCUCCUGGCGCUGCAGAGGAGCGGGGGGCUGUGCGUGCAGCCGCGGCCGCUGACGGAGCUGGACGUGCACCACCGCAUCCUGCGCUACACCAACUACCAGGUGGCGCUGGCCAACAAGGGCCUGCUGCCCGCCCGCUGCGCGCUGCCCUGGGGCGGCAGCGCCGGCUUCCUCAGCCGCGGCCUGGCGCUCAACGUGGACCUGCUGCUCUUCCGCGGCCCCUUCUCGCUCUUCCGCGGCGGCUGGGAGCUGCCCGACGCCUACAAGCGCAGCGACCAGCGGGGCGCCCUGGCCGCGCGCUGGCGCCGCACGGUGCUGCUGCUGGCCGCCGUGAACCUGGCGCUCAGCCCGCUGGUGCUGGCCUGGCAGGUGCUGCACGCCUUCUACAGCCACGCCAGCGCCUACCGGCAGAUGGCGCGGCUGCUGCAGUACAGAGCGGUCUCCCUGCUCGAGGAGCUCCUGUCGCCCGUGCUCACCCCCCUGUUUCUGCUCUUCUGGUUUCGCCCCCGCGCCCUGGAGAUCAUUGACUUUUUCCACCACUUCACUGUGGACGUGGCGGGGGUCGGGGACAUCUGUUCCUUUGCCCUCAUGGACGUGAAGCGCCACGGCCACCCUCAGUGGCUCUCGGCGGGACAGACCGAGGCCUCGCUGUCUCAGCGCGCGGAGGACGGGAAGACCGAGCUCUCCCUGAUGAGGUUCUCCCUGGUGCAUCCUCAAUGGCGGCCCCCAGGGCACAGCUCCAAGUUCCUGGGGCAGCUCCGAGGCCGGCUUCAGCAAGAUGCCGCGGCCUGGGGCGCCACUUCGGUUCGCAGCCCCCCCACCCCUGGGGUGCUCAGUGACUCUUCCUCCCCUCUGCCUGAGGCCUUCCUGGCCAACCUCCUGGUGCACCCCCUCCUGCCCCAGAGGGACCUGAGCCCCACUGCGCCCUGCCCAGCGGCCACAGCUAGCCUCCUGGCCUCCAUUUCCCGAAUUGCCCAGGACCCAAGCUGCGUGUCCCCAGGAGGCAGUGGGGGGCAGAAACUGGCCCAGCUCCCAGAGCUGACUUCUGCCGAGAUGAGUCUCCAUGCCAUCUACCUGCACCAGCUCCAUCAGCAGCAGCAGCAGGAAGCGUGGGGCGAGGCUUCCGCCUCCUCCCUGUCCCGGCCCUGGUCCAGCCCCCCGCAGGCCCUCUCGCCCGAUGAGGAGAAGCCAUCCUGGUCCAGUGAUGGUUCCAGUCCUGUCUCUAGUCCCAGACAGCAGUGGAGAGCCCAGAGGGGCCAGACUUUGUUCCCUGGGGGGUUUCAAGAAACCACAGAUGCCCAGAAGGAGCCUGGCCAGGCCCCUGGCACUGACUGAGUGGUCUUCUGGGGCUCUCCAGCUUUUCCAGCACCGGGAGAUGUGACAAGGUGGAGUGGAAGGACCCGCCCAGCUCUCUUUAGAGAUCCCCCCAGGGA